AAUUGGACUUACCACACUCGCAUCCCACUCUCUCCUCUCCCUGCACCGCUGCUGCCUCUUUUUUCUCCAAACUCAUCAAGUGCCUCAUCUAUUCUCUUAAAGAAAAAAAAACAACAACACGGGCUCAGCUGAAACUUUACCAAAAGCCUGAAACUUUUAUUUUAUCCCCGCCGCGUGUUUUGGUGCCCCUCUCCGUGUGCGCGCGCUCUCAUCCCUGUGCGCACCCAUUCAUCCUGCGUCCUGACAACUUUCCUCCUCUGCGAAGAAGAGACCCGGAGCACGUGACCGUUUCCGGACUUUGGUUUAUUUAUUUGUUUAUUUAUUUGUUUAUUUAUUUAAUUAUUUGUUGGCCUCCACUUGUCUCCCCUCCCUCUCGCGCUGUCUCUCUUGGACCCGAGUCAAAAAUGAAACGUAAGUGAGAAAUGAUUGCAGAAUGCUUUGUUUCCAAACUUUUCCUUGACGUGUCCGUAUGAAGUGUAUUGUUUUGUUUUCUGCGCUCUGCCCGGGUGCACGUGAAAGCCACCCGGGGACACAGACGCUCCUGCGCUGUUAUUUUGGCUGUGAUUCUUGCGGCUCACCUGUAAUUAUCACGCAUUCAUCAUCUCAGCCCCGCUUCCCUUCUUUUUCUAACACUAUUUGAACUUGAAAGGCUAAAGAAUGAAUGAGCUUACUGUUCGACUUGGCUGGGACUUUUUAAUUUAUACCGCCGCCGCUCACGCGCCUAUCGGGUUGCAGGUGUGACAAUCAGCUGCAUUCAUCAGCCUUUUGCUUAUGGCGAGGAAGUGAUGGAGAUAUUAUGUGUCAAAGCCCGACUUUUUAAUGCUUUAAUGAUGCACGCUCAGUCAUGUGACUACAUGACUUUGGGGAUUCCUCUGCCAAGUCUGCAGCCAUUGUUUAUGUUGGGCUGCAUCAUCAUCAUCCUCUCCCCGAGCUGACAGCCGUGGUCCGGAGUCAGGAUCAUUACGGUGAGAUGACAGCGCAUCUUCACUAAUCGCUUCCGUUUUUUUUCGCCCCUCCAGUGCUGCUGGACUCCUUGUCGCUGCUCUUCUCGCUGAUCCUGGCUCAGCUGCCGGUCUUCGCGUCUGCCUCACCCAUGAGGAGGUCCAGUGACCUGGACAAGCUCUCCAAUCAGACCAAGAAUCUGAUGAAACUCACUCAGGAGCUGUUGAAGGAGCAUGCGUUUGACUCAGACGUUGAGUCCCACAGGUUCAGGUCCCUGCCAGAAAUGAGCAACAGAUCAGCCAAUGACCUCACCAGUCUUGAGCUGAAGCCCACUCUUUCUCAGCUGCACGCCGACCUGAAGCUGUACGAGCAUCACUUUGAGUGGCUGAACCGGGUCUCAAAGAAGCACCACCACCCUACAGUACCCAAACUGAUGGAGAUGAUCAAAGAGAUGAAAUCGCUCAUCAUGUUGCUGAAUCGUCAGAUGCAGAGAAUCGACGCGCCAAAGCUGACGUCUGCGACCCCCUCCCUCCCCCCUCACCUCCCCUAUCAUUUUGACGUCCUGCAGUCCAGUCACGAGCUUCUCCAACACUUCAAGCUCUUCUGUGAUUGGGCCUACAGAGCGUUCAUCAGCCUCAAACCCAAAGCUUCAGCGGUGCAAUGAUGAUGCAUACGGAGCUGAGUCAGAGUGCCACCUACGGAGUUCUGCCUCAGUCACAGGGGAGAACAGAACCGAGUCAGUGCACACUGUAGUCACUCAAGAGGCCCGGAUGUUACCGUCCGUGUGAAGAAAGUGUCUUUCUGAGAGCCAAUAGGGAUGCAGCACACUGCAGCCCAUUCUGACCAUCAAGAUUCCCGUUAAACUGAUUCUCUAAUCUGUCUCCUAACGCCUUUGUUCAUGUCCAUGUUAUUUAUGUAUUUAUUUAUUUAUUGACUCUUAGUAAUUUAUUUAUUUUAUUUAUUUAAAUGUGUAUUGUGCCAUUCUAACUUUAGUUUCUGUACUAACGUGAACCUAUAUGCCAACACUUUUUGUUCUCUGUCUGUUUUUCCCCACUCUCGUCUCCAUGAUAAUUCAAAACAAAAUCUAAAAAUAUACUAAAAACAACAAAAACAUAAUACAGUAGCUCUUCAUCCAUUUGCAGCUCUGGGUAAUUUUUUAAACUUCAUUUAAACUAACUCAGUUUGCUUUUUAUUUACAUAUUUAUUCAGCCAACGUUUUGUCCAGAAGACGUAGCAACCGGGACAGUCGAGCUUCUCGCUCCCUCUCACACAGAGUGCCCUUAAACAUUCAGUAAUGGUAAAGUUAUUUCCAACAAAGUUAAAUAUGUCAUGUGUGGACGAUAACCAAAGUGAGGCGAAUACUCUUCAUUCGUGCCACAGACCAACUUCCUGUUUUAAAUGCUGAUUCCUGGCGAUAUUUAACAUUGUGGUGAAGCUCUAUGAAUGCACCCUCUUGCUGAGCACUGAUGGUCCUGAUUAAAUUCUUUGCACAAACCUAUUAGGAUUAGCCUUCUGAAAAAGUGAGAUGGCUGAUUUUGAACUUGAGCUUUGAGCCUGGCAGGUUUAUUAUUUUUGGUUAAACACCCAAAGCCUUCAAAUACUAUGUAUUGUGACGCUAUGUUCUGUACAGAUGUACAUAAAUAUACAAGAAUGUAAAUUGUUGUAUACAGAGCUUUUUGUGUAUUGUGUUAUUUUCUACCAUAUAAUGUAGAUUAAUUUACUUUUAUCACUAUAAUUUUAUUCAUUCCUAUUUUAGUAUUUGUUACAGUAUUGACUAUUUAUUUAAGUAACUCGGUGGAUCUAUUUAUUUUGUGCUGCAGUGGAGCAAGUCUCCCUUCCUUUUGUACUUUUAUACAGGUUUUUAUUCUUAUUCACUAUUAUUGUACUACCACAUUUAAAUUAUGUCUGUAACAGCAAGAUGCCUCCUUCAGACACUGAUUGGCCUCAAUGUGAAAAGUGUG